AACGCACUCUGUUCCUACACUCCGUUUCCCCAUGUACAUCGCCCGCCCGACAGCAUCGCAGUUGCUAUGUCGUCCGUCACUGCGGUACUAAAGCCCCUCUUCGGCACCUUAGCCGGUAUCGUGGGCAUAUACGCAGCCUUCAUCUCUCUUCUCACGAUCCCGACCCUGCAAGACCAUGUAAUCUACUUGCAUCGUGUUACACUUACAUGGUUUCAAGAUGUCAACACACCAGAGCAAUGGGGCUUUCUGCGCAACCAAGUCACUCCUUUCCAUCUGGAAACACCCGAUGGGGAGACGCUACACGCUUGGCACAUCCUGCCACUGGAAACCUAUCGUCAACAUCAGGAAGAGCUUCGCAAUGAACCCGCAGGGCUAUGUGACGACAUCCAGAAACGCCUAUCUUUCAAGUUAUUGAAAGACGACCCAACGGCACAGCUCGUCGUGUAUCUGCAUGGCGCAGCAGGCACUUUGGGAUCCGGCUGGAGACCACAAAGCUAUCGAGCAUUAUCAGCAGCGUCUACGAAUGUCCACGUACUCGUUAUAGAUUAUCGUGGAUUUGGGACUAGUACAGGGUGGCCUACAGAGGCUGGUCUUCUCACGGACGCUCUCACCCUGGUCGACUUCGCCACGCAGACUGCAAACAUCCCACCUGAGAGGAUAGUAGUAUUUGCACAGUCGAUUGGAACAGCUGUAGCUAUAUCGCUUACCCACCAUCUCGCUACAAAACCAGCUCCUGUACUUUUCGCAGGUGUCGUGCUCGUCGCACCAUUUGCAGAUGUUGCGUCAUUGACCAAGACUUAUAAAGUGGCGGGCACAAUACCUUUACUAUCGCCUAUAGCGUUCUUUCCUAAACUGCUCACGCUCCUGAAUCAAUUCAUUGUCAGCAAGUGGCCGUCGAAAGAAAAGCUGGCCGAGGUCAUUCGGCACUUGGACUCCACUAAAACCAAUGAUCGAAGACACAAAUACGACAUAACACUCAUCCACGCAGAGGAUGAUUAUGACAUCCCAACAAUACACUCAGACGUGUUGUUCUGGCACGGCGUGAACGCGACGCUGGACGCAGCAUCGUCAAUGACAUUCGAGGAGCUGGAAAAGAAGAAAUCCAACGAGAGGAUUUCAUUGGGCGCUGGUGGUUGGGAGAUGGACUGGCAAGGUAGAGGUGGUAUCAUCAGAGAGCUAAUUGUUCAGCAUGGACUCCAUGAUCGAAUCAUGAGCUACCCAGUUGUGAGUCUCGCGGUUGCGCGUGCUUUCCAUAGUCAAGACGAAACAUGAGAGGUUUAUCAAUCAUCACUUGUUUAGAUGGGAAGUACUUAUUGCAAGUUCAUUUCAUGGCACUAGAAGGCUUUUCAUUCUAAGUUUCAUCCACGUUCUAGGUCAAUACUGCACCUUCGCUGACAUCUUCCUUCGCGAGACACGUACUCAGGUCCUGUAGCACCACGCCAAAUGCUGGACUCGUUACCUACGCAAUAUCUUCUCCUUCCUUACUAGGAUUUACUAAGCAAAUCCGAUCGGAAUUCCUCU